GUGCGCAGUGAUGCGCGCCGCUCUGCGCGCCGUUCCCCUCAUGGCCGCCGCCGUCGCCGGGAGCGGUGCCGGACCCAAACGGGCCCGAACGGAGCCGCCUCUGCGCAUCGGCACCCACGACGGCACCUUCCACUGCGACGAGGCGCUGGCGUGCUACCUGCUGCGCCUGCUGCCGCGCUACCGGCCUCACCCCAUUGCUCAGCAGGACGCGGAGGUGGUGCGGACCCGGGACCCCCAGCGCCUGGCCCAGUGCGAUGUGGUGGUGGAUGUGGGGGGCGAAUAUGACCCCGAGAGGCACCGCUACGACCAUCACCAGAGGUCUUUCACCCAGUCCAUGCAAAGCCUCCAGCCCAGCAAGCCCUGGACCACCAAGCUGAGCAGCGCUGGGUUGGUCUAUUGCCACUUUGGCUCUGAAAUCCUUGCUGGGCUUCUGGGGCAGCCAGAGGACAGUCCCGCUGUGACUGCACUCUACGAUAAGCUCUAUGAGAACUUCGUGGAGGAGAUCGACGCCAUCGACAACGGCAUCGCGCAGACGGACGGGGAGCCCCGCUACGCCCUCACCACCAACCUCAGCGCCCGCGUGGGGCACCUGAACCCCCGCUGGAACGACCCCGACCAGGACACUGAGGCGGGGUUUAAGCGGGCAAUGGAGCUGGUGGGCAGCGAGUUCAUGGACAGGCUCGACUACUAUCACCGUGCCUGGCUGCCUGCACGGGCGCUCGUGGAGGACGCCAUCCGGCGCCGCUUUGAGGUGGACACAAGCGGGGUGCUGCUGGAGCUCCCGCAGGGCGGCUGCCCCUGGAAGGAGCACCUCUUCAGCCUGGAGAAGGAGCUGGUGCUGCCCGACCCGCUCCAGCUGGUGCUUUUCCCCGACCGCAGCGGGCAGUGGCGGGUGCAGAGCGUCCCCGUAGGGCCACGCAGCUUCGAGAGCCGCCUUCCUCUCCCCGAGCCGUGGCGGGGUGUUCGCGACGAGGCGCUGUCUCAGCUCACCGGCAUCCCCGGUUGUGUCUUCGUGCACUCCAGCGGCUUCAUCGGAGGCAACCGUACGCGGGAGGGGGCGCUAGAGAUGGCCCGGAGGACGUUGGCGCUGCAGGGGGUGGGAGCACAAAGCGGAUGAGUCCCCCACCCCCGCAGGGGCCGUCCCCAAUGAGAUGCCUGUGCCGGGACUUCCCAUGGACUGUUGCUGGGAAUGGCUGAGACCAUUCCUACUUGGCACGGUCACAGCAGGACGCCAAAGCAGCUGUGCUGUGAGCUGGGGGUGCCGCUGGUCCCAGUUACAGCGUUGGACUGGUGUGAGAGCACAGAGCAGACAGAGAGGCUUUUAGGAUUCAGUGCUCUGAAGCCUGGCCUGAUAUGUAUUGGCUGCCAACACCAGUAAAAACCAGUGCGUUCCCAA